GUCCACAAACUCCUUCAGAUUUGUAGUUCUCAAUAUAAGUGUUCUCGAGUACUCGGACGCGUGUUUAGCCCUUAGCCUCUUUUGGGUGAUUUAUUUAAAUAAGCCAUUUUUUCCUUAAAGAUUUCAGACGGAAAUGUCAACUCAUAAGAAGUGAUUCCGGUUCAAUGGGAAGCUUUGAGCUGCUCUCUAGAAAGUGACCAUUGUUGUAAUCAGGUCGAGGCUGUUGUUAUUUCUACUUGCUGACCUUCUUAGUUAAACACAGUUGUACAGCAGGAAGAGGGGGCAAGUAUCCUAAGUGUCAUGAAAGAAAUGUCAAGCAACAUGCCUGGUGGGCAGCAGCCCCAAAAACACUAUGGCAUCACGUCCGCCAUUAGCCUUGCUCCCCCACGAGACAUAGACCACCAGUACACCAAAAAGCUUUGCGAUGCUAUGAAGCCUUUUGGAGUGUUCGAAGAUGAAGAAGAAUUGAACCACAGACUCGCUGUUCUGGGAAAAUUGAAUAACUUUGUUAAGGAGUGGAUUGCAGAGAUCAGUGAAUUAAAGAACCUUCCACCUUCCGCUAUAAGCUGUGUUGGGGGCAAGAUAUUUACAUUUGGUUCAUAUCGUCUAGGAGUCCAUACAAAAGGAGCUGAUAUUGAUGCCCUAUGUGUGGCACCCCGACAUGUGGAAAGGAGUGACUUUUUUCAGUCUUUCUUUGAGAAAUUGAAACAGCAUGAAGAAAUUAAAGACCUGAGGGCUGUUGAGGAUGCCUUUGUUCCGGUUAUAAAAUUCAAAUUUGACGGGAUAGAGAUUGACCUGCUUUUUGCCAGACUGGCAUUACAGUCCAUUCCAGACAACCUGGACCUACGUGGGGAUUCCAUCCUACGAAAUUUGGACAUUCGUUGCAUUCGAAGUCUUAAUGGUUGUCGGGUGACUGAUGAAAUACUCUACUUGGUGCCAAACAAAGAAAACUUCAGGCUGACACUGAGAGCCAUCAAACUUUGGGCAAAACGUCGUGGGAUUUAUUCCAACAUGCUGGGGUUUCUGGGUGGAGUAUCAUGGGCCAUGCUGGUAGCCAGGACUUGCCAACUAUAUCCAAACGCUGUUGCUGCCACCCUGGUCCACAAGUUCUUCUUAGUUUUCUCCAAAUGGGAGUGGCCAAAUCCUGUGCUUUUGAAACAACCUGAGGACAGUAAUCUGAAUCUGCCUGUAUGGGAUCCCAGAGUGAACCCAUCUGACAGAUAUCACCUGAUGCCCAUCAUCACACCUGCCUACCCACAGCAAAACUCCACUUACAAUGUCUCCACAUCAACACGCACCAUUAUGAGCGAGGAGUUUAAAUAUGGUCUCAGUGUCACAGAUGAAAUUCUUCAAGGGAAAGCUGAAUGGCCAAAGCUCUUUGAGCCACCCAAUUUUUUCCAGAAAUACAAGCAUUACAUCGUUCUGACAGCCAGUGCAUCCACAGAAGAAAAUCACUUGGAAUGGAUUGGACUUGUUGAGUCCAAGAUUCGUGUUUUGGUGGGGAACCUGGAGAGGAAUGAGUAUAUUACCCUUGCACAUGUCAACCCCCAGUCCUUUCCCGGGUCCAGAGAGAACCGAAAUGAGAAUGAUUUUGUCUCCAUGUGGUUCAUUGGGAUCAUUUUCAAGAAGGUGGAGAACGCCGAGAGCGUGAAUAUUGAUCUCACGUACGACAUCCAGUCCUUCACAGACACUGUGUACAGACAAGCCAACAACAUUAACAUGCUGAAAGACGGGAUGAAGAUUGAAGCAACACAUGUGAAGAAGAAGCAGCUUCAUCAGUAUCUUCCUGCUGAACUGGUGCAAAAGAAAAAGAGAAGCAUAGCAGAGUUAAACCGCAGCUCCAAUGGAGGGAGCUCCAAGCGGAUUUCUCUGGACAGCAGUCACUUGGACAGCUCGAGAGAUACCGACUCAGGGACCCCCUUCGCCUCCCCCACCAGCAAAGCCUCCAAGCCAACAUCUGACACAGAUGAUGGCGUCAGUCCCCCCAAGCAACUUGUUUUGGAGGUCUCUCCCGCAGCCAGCGCAGCACCGGCUGCUAAAGACCACGGCAUGUCUAUCCUUGGUUCUAGUGAGUCCAAUAUUUCUAUUGACAUCAUUGAUCAAGAUCAUUGGAAAUGUACAAUGUCUUUUUUUUAUCUUGCAGAGCCGGCGGUUAAAGCUGCUCCAGCCAGUAGCGCCGUCUCAGCAAUGGCGAGUGGGAAUGUGAUUCCCAAUGCAGCAAGCAGCCCCAAAGAGGAGCCCGAGAGCCAGGAGGACUCUGUCAACGGAGCUGCCAAAAGACCUCACUCCCCGACAGAAGACGACACGACCAAGAGGUCCAAAGACGCACAGGUGUCCCCUAACGAUGAACCUACAUUCAAAGAGCCUUUGCCACCAUCCUCGGAGACGCAUCGAGAGACUCCUCUCACCGAAUCUAAGCCGAAGCCCAUUCCGACCAUUGACACGCCAAGAACUCAGAGGCUUCCCAGCAUGGAGCUGCCCGACGCCUCCUCACCUCUGCCAGCCAGCAACAGCUGUCGUGUGGUCAAGAAUUCCAUCAAACUUGCCCUGAACCGCCACAACAUCACGCCUCCCAAGCCCCCGGUGUUCGAGGUCAACGCCACCUCUGAGGCGCCUCCUGCCAAUCAAGAAAGGGGCAUGUCCAUUCCUGUUAUUGGAUCCAAACAAGUGGUGUCCAAGCACGCGACGCAAACCGUGGGCAGCUCCAUCCCCACCUUGGUGAGUCGAGGAGCAGAUCCUCUCAACGGCGCCGCCUCCAAGAGACCUCACUCUCCUUCCCUGGAGGAGCAGUCCAAGAGGCUGAAAGAGACCGAGAAGGCCAGAAUCCACAUCUCGUGAACUCCCGAGCGGAGUCCGGAUUCAUGUGUGCACAGAGGUGGGGCUUUGUAGUCGGGUCUAACACAGAAGUUCACUUCACACGUUCAGGUCGCGCAGUUUGGGCUGUCGCGCGCGGGGACGGACGGACACCUCACCUCAGAUCUCCAGAGGUUAGAUAUACCAGAAAAUAGGUGAUUUGGACAGAGCUGAUGUUGUCAGCACUCGUGGUCCCGAGUACCGGAGUGCAUUUUAUUCAACACUCGCAGAGAUCUCAGACAGGAAGUUAAGCAGAACUUUUUUUUUUUUUUACCAACUUUCCAUCCCCCCCUCUGCCCCAUUUCUUUUGAGUUAACAUGUUUUAAAUACAAAAGCCCCAAUAUUUCCUCCACCUUUGCUUCACAUCUCAUAUAUGCUGAUUUAUUUUUGUCUUUAUUUCCUAAACACAAAUUUGUACAGUAAAUGUUGAUGUACAUAACGUCUUUGUCUUAAGAAGCUCACUGUCAAGUCAUUUCUUCUAUCAUAGUUUUAUCUAAAAAGGAAAAAAACAAUGUUAAAAAAAAAAAAAGUUUUAAUUUUCUUUAUGACUUGUCCUGUAUAGUUUAGAUGAAGCAGCAAGCGUUUCCGGAAGGUUUGCUCGGAUUUGACAAAUUACAACCAUAGUUCUUCGGACCACCUCAACCACUGCAAAGGAUUCCACGUUUAUGUCCGUCUUUUAAGUGUUUGGAACGGGCCCAGCAGCUGCACGUUUCGUGUGCUCGUUAGACCGGAUUUCUGAAUAAUGGAAUAAUCCGCCUUUGGAGUGACUGCGCGGAAAUUAUGGAAAUAUGUUGGAGACUGAAUCAAAAAGAUGACUUUGUUACACUUUGCUUCUUUUUUUUUUUAUGUUGUGCUUCAGUCCUCCUUAUACAACACAAAUGGACCGUUGCAUCUAAAGCUUCCCUGCAGCCAACAGGGCAGCCAUUUUGGCUCUAAGGAGGCCUAAACACUCACAACCAACCCCAUGUGGAGCCACCACUUCACUUCCCUGCUGGUAAAGCAAAGGUUUGUGGUGCUUGAUGAAAACUGGUUCAGAGCUUUGCCAUUCCUUGUGCUUGCUUGUGUGUGUGUGUGCGCGUGUGUGUGUGUGCAUAUGUGGUUGUUUUGUUUUUGAAAUUGACUAAAUUCCCUUCGUUUUGGGUAUUAACCCUCUGCACCUCCUGUGGAGGUUCUUAAAAGGCUUCUCCUGGGCCACCGGGUAGAGGGCAUCAGGAGACCACGUCAUCCCUCCAUUAUGAAUUCAUCAGAAGCUGGGCAGAUUUCAGCACAAAUUAACGCUGCUGCAUUUCUAACCAUCAAGGAGCCUUCUUCCUCCAGAGCAGGUACUGUUUAGACAGACCGGCUCUUUUUCCGCUCGGUUUUCCCCAACUAAAUGUACAGAGAAAAGUUUUUUUUGUUUUUGUUUUUUCGCCAAAAAACAUAUUCUUCAUUAUUGGGGGUUUUCUUAUCACUUAAUUUAUAUUUGCCUAUUUGUACCGUUUGAUCUUUUUUUUAAAAAACAAAAAACAAAACAAAAAUAGCAUUCAUAAUACAUAGGUCUUUUUUUUUAACAAAAAAAAAAAACUCCACCGCGGAUUCAGACAACUGUUUUGCUGUUCAGAAACAUUUAACAAAAGAGGUCAUUUAGAUGUUUGUUUCUAAAAUGUAUUGAAAGGGUAUUUUUGUAUGUGUUAUCACUUCCUUUAAAUGAAUCUGUACAACCAUUAAACCCCUGAAAACUA